AUGAGCUCGAGCAACGUAGCUCCGGCCUCAGCUGAUGAGCUACGCUCGAAACUCGCGCAGCUUCGAGCCGACAAAGCCCUCCUCACGUCCCAGCUGGCUUCCCUUCGCGCUCUUCCCGACCUCGCACCCGAAGCAGGCAGCACGGCAUCCGCACAGAACCAGGAACUUGGCAGUCUACUUCGUUCGCUCGAGGAAAAGUCGAUCCUCUACCGCUCCUCCGCCUGGACAUGUUUCGAACUGGAUCUUGACGUCGGCCGUCGCGCGCGCCUCGCUCGAGACAGCGCUGCUGCCGACAAGGACGGCGAUCUCGCCCUCGGCAUUCGACUCGACACGUUCUGGCGAGGACGCUUCCACGAACCCUACUAUUUGGUCUUUGCGCGUCCCAGCCAGCUGCUUGACUCGAUGCCACAGCUCGCGGGGACCACCGUCGGCGAUGUGGAAGCAAAUUCCCUCGCAGACGGGCUCAGGUUGAUCAGGCACACCGUGCCGCACUUUGUACCACUGGGCAAGCUCGUCGAAAAGUACCUUCCGAGUGUCGUGGGCGGAGAAGUAUCUGGAGGAUCAGGAAGCAAAGGCAGAGACAACGAGGCGGGUGGAUUGACCAUGCUGAGCCAAUUCAGCGACUUGCCCGGCGUGCAUGCGUUCCUCUCGGAUCUGCACUGCCACUUGCAAGCCUACGUCUCGAGGAGGCAGCAAGCGAUGGCGUUGCAGCAGCUCAAGCUUCCUGGGCAGAGCGAAGAGACCGAGGCCGCAUUGGAGGCGCUGGGCACCGAAGCUUUCGAUCUCGUCAAGGUGACAUGGCGCGUGCCCUUCUCGUCUGCAAGAGCGGCCGAUCCGCCAGCAGAGGACGACGACGAGGAGUCGACGAAUCCGACCGUGCAAGCGCUCAAGGCAGCUGCCAAGCGAAAGCGAGAAAACCCAGACGACGAACCCACCCAGCACCUCGAAGUCGUCGUUCAAUACGACGAUCUCCAAAGCGACCGCCUCGUCGACGAAACACGACCCAGCGGCGUCCUUGCUCAGUCUUCGUCCUCUUCCCGAGACGCUGACGACGUCGAAGGUGCGCUCCAAGGCCUGCGCAUGCCCUACGGUCAAGUCCGAGUGCAGCUUCUCGAAUACGCACCCGAGCUCGAAACACGCCAACGUCGAGCCCCCGGCAUCUCCAAAGCCGACCUCAAGGCUCUCCAGCCCAAAGUAAUGCGCCGGGAAGAUCUGGAGGAGACGUACGCACGCGAACACGACGGCGAGUCGCUCGACAUGGACGAGGCGUUCGAACGCAUUGCCCAGAGAGUGUGGACGCAGCUCAGGGGGAAGUCAAGUGUUUCUGAAAGCGAUCGAGAUUGGAUAUGGCGUACGAAAGGGCUGAGAAGCUUGCGAAAGAUGCUUCGACCCGAGAUCGAUCCGCGAUUGUACCGUCUCAAGACGCCCGACUUUCGUGCCCUCGGGGCCAAGUAUCCGACGACGUUCGGUCCAUUCGUCAAAGACGACGGCGGCUACGAAGCCAAGAUCGACUUUCAGGAUGCACAAGCUGUCAGAUGCCUGGCUCAGACCUUGCUGCUCGACGACUUCGGAGUGCAUGCUUCCUUUUCGCCUAGCAAUCUGUGUCCGAUGAUACCGAACAGACUCGCAUACAUCGCCCUCCUGAACGAGCUGCUUUCAUGGUCAUUACCAACAUGGCGCCUGCUCCGACACUUCCAGCAUCAACCUCUCGACUCCACCGUCCGAGGCCUCGAUAUUGGCACUGGUGCGUCUGUCAUCUAUCCAGCACUAGGCGUGCGAUGUUUCCCCUCAUGGCGCUUUGUUGCGACCGAUAUCGACCGGAGCAGUCUCGAAUAUGCGGGCAAGCACGUGAUAAAUCAUGUGGAUAACGGCGGGCGGCUCAGCGAGAGCAUUGCGUUGGUGCAUGUCGACGCAGAGGAUGCUUUCGUGCCGAAGCUCGGAGGAGCAAAGGUGAUCGGAGGCGACGCAGGUGUGCUGAGUGAAAGCGGGUUCGACUUCAUCAUGUGCAAUCCGCCCUUCUACUUGAGCGCAGAGGAGAUGGACCGUUCGGCGCAGUUCAAGAAGCAGCCUGCUAACGCGGUCUGCCACGGCACCCGAUCCGAAAUGGUAACGACCGGCGGAGAAGUCGCGUUCGUCCGACGCAUGAUCGCCGAAAGCCUCACCACCUACAACGUGCUCUGGUGGACAUGCAUGCUGGGCAAGCUGUCGAGCGUCAUCAAGCUCAGUAGCGAACUCAAGCAGCUGUCGAAAGAGGGCAAGAUGUCUGGAUGGGGCGUGCAUGAGCUGCCAACCGGAGGGGGAAAGACGAAGCGUUGGGUGGUGAUGUGGUGCUCUGCUGCGAUCGGGAUGCGCGUUCCUGAUAGCCUCAGCAGGGAAGGCCUGCCGAGCUCGCUGGACCGGCACAGACCGAGCUCGACACAGAGGCGCAGCAAGGUGCUCCGACCAGGAUCAGCAUCGACACGCAAGGAGCUGCACGACUUGAUCACCAAGAUCCUAGACGAUCUAGAAGGAUGUUCCGUAUAUCCAUCGGCAUACAUGCAGCUCAGAGAUGGCGACGAGACGGCAUCCAGAGCACCGCCAAAGACAACACCACACCCGGGUACGAUCGACGUCGUGAUCACACAAGAGAGCUGGACACGCAAAGCUCGACGUGCCAAGCUGCAGCCCACGCGUACAGCCAUCGUAAUCUCUGACGACGCGACUCAGGAGGUCAGUCGGCCUCUGCUGAUGGCACGAAUCGCAGUGACUGAGGCACAGACGAAUGGCGACACCGGCUUGGUGCUUACGGUCAGCUGGACGUACGGCAUGGACGCGGUCAAGUUUGAGUCGUUUGCCAUGUUCCUGCUGGCCGCCGUAGAAAGAGACAUCACGCUGCCCGAUCAAGCCGACUAA